GUGCGCACACUGGGUCUCCAUAUUGUAAAUAAGGCUGAAUAAGGCGUAGUGGUCAUGUCUAAAUUUCUUUGCUGAUAUUUCUUAGAGAUGUGUGUGUGCAUUGGUUAAUUUGUAGUUUAUGAUUAAGUUACGAAAUGGGAAAGCGGUAUUAUUGCGAUUACUGUGAUCGUAGCUUUCAGGAUACACUGCAUAACAGGAAGAAACAUCUGAACGGCGUUCAGCACCAAAGAUCCAAAAAAGCCUGGCUAGAUGUCUUCAGAGAUGCUGCUGCAAUUUUACAAGAGGAACGGUCAAAGCAACCAUGCAGGAAGUUUCAGCAGACAGGCCAGUGUGUUUUUGGCCCUAGUUGCCGUUACUCUCAUUUCUCUGAAAAGGAUAUGAUGGCUUUGGAGCAACAGAUUGAAGAUGAAAGGUGGCAGAAGGCGGACCCUGAGCAUGACAAAGCCUCUCCUCGACCUUCACUAGAUGAAUGGCUUUCCAGAAGAGAGAACAACAGGGUUGCUCUGAUGGUGGGAAGUGAUUUAAAAGCAGAGGAGGAAAAAGGAGCUGAAAUUAGUGAUGUACCACCAUUUUUGCUGUCUGUUCCUGAUCUCCCUCCAUCACUUCUUCCUCCCCAGCACAGAGGAUGGAGAGGGACCAUCCACAAUGAGUGGGGUUGAAAUCAAAUCUUCAUACAGCUUCUGUAAAAAUG